CAGCUCCAGAGGGAUCUGCCCCUAGUGGGAAGAGGCAUGGAGAAACAAACGCAGGAGCAUCCGUUCAGCUGAUCACAUUAGGUCUUCAUGCUGCUGCUGCUUAGGUAUCUGCCUAUGCAGCCAUCCAUGCGUUUAGACAAAUAUAUAGACAGAGUGUAUGGAUAGGUCUGGAAACGUCUGUAGCUGCGGAAGGCUGCAGAGCUCUUCCGUGAAGCAGACGUAAAGGAGCGGCUCUGCUUCCCCGACCAGGGGGAGUGUUAUGAAACACGAGUGUACCGACUGUGGCUGAGGAUUCUGGCAGUGCAGCACUGAGGCUGCUCCAAUCGUGCCUGUUGGCGCAGGAGGCCAUGGAGCAUUUCUCUCCCACCAGCCCCGGCACGGCGCAGGACCCCGGCACCCUGGCCCAGUGAGCCGCAGGGACCCCGGCGAGGGACCCCGGCGAGGGACCCCGGCGAGGGAUCCCGGCGAGGGACCGUGACAGGCGGUGGACUUUGCCUGGCUACAACCGGAGUUCCUCGAUCAUAAAAGAAACGUUUCAGCAUCGUCUGUCAAGCAGCUCAGCAGAGCACAACAAUGGCAUCACCCUGGGUGCGUGUGGGGCCCCUCGGCCAGGCAGGCGCCUGAGGCCGGCAGCAGUGCCGCGCCAGGCUGCUCUGUCUGCCACGGCCAUCCGGCAAGAAGGCUUUUCAGCAGGAGAAGGCACCGAAGUGAUGGGCUGAACUUAUGGGAGGAACCAGUGUCCAGCCAGACGGAGAUUCAGGGGCCUGUCAGGAGGCGUGAAGGGCCCAGUUUCAAAAAGGGCAUGGCCAAAGCUUUCUUCAGGCUACAGAAGUUUCUCCGUCGGACCCAGUUUUUGCUCUUCUUCCUCACAGCAGCUUACCUGAUGGCUGGCAGCCUCCUGCUGCUACAGAGGACCCAUUUGGUUAUCCAGCAAGGUUCGCGUGGGACCUCCACUAACCAGGCCCUGCCAGUGCUGGAUGGGAUGGCUGGGGUAGGGAUUGUAGACCCCAGGAUGCUGCAAAACCCCCGCCCCGGUCCCAGGCUGCUGGUGGGCAUGGAUGCUUUGCAGGAGCCAGCCCUGGACCAGCAGCACAGCCCACGGUGGCUCGUGACCCGCAACUCGGAGCUCAGGCAGUUGAGAAGAAGGUGGUUUCACAGGUUCAUCAGCGAUCAGGAGCCCAUGCAAACAGCGGGAUUUAAAGCAAUGAAGCACACUGCUGAACACAAAGGCACCUACAUGGGAUGCUUCAGUGAUGACUCAAGGGAGAGGACACUGAAGGGAGCUGUGUUUUAUGACUUAAGAAAAAUGACAGUAUCUCACUGUCAGGAAGCUUGUGCUGAGAGGGCUUACACCUACGCAGGCCUGGCGUACGGAGCAGAGUGCUACUGUGGGAACAAGCUCCCAGUGACCGCCUCGAAGCCCGAGGAGUGCAACAACGAGUGCAAGGGGGAGAAGGGCUCCGUCUGCGGAGGGGUGAACCGGCUCUCUGUCUACAAGGUGGAGGAGCUUCGUGCAGGAGCAAGACGACGGAGGAAUGUUAUCUAUCGAGGAUGUUUUAGAGCUCCAGAAAAUUUAACAGACACCUUUCCAGCCUCUUUGAUACAGCCCAAUUUGACGGUGGAGAUGUGCUCUGAAUUUUGCUCCAAGAAAGAGUUCCCCUUGGCAGUCAUCCGAGGGCGGGAGUGCUACUGCGGCUACCCCACUGGGCGCUUCUCCUUGCACAACGGCGCAGACGGGCUGCUCUGCAAUGGCAUGCACAACACCAGCAGUGUUGCCGAGGGAAAAUACUGCCUAGUUUACCAGACACCAGUGCAAGACACCCGCUGCACAGACAGGAAAUUCUUAACCACCAAAUCCAAAGUGUUUGUUGCUUUGUCGAGCUUUCCUGGGGCUGGGAAUACAUGGGCUCGCCAUUUGAUAGAGCAUGCCACAGGAUACUACACGGGAAGCUAUUACUUUGAUGGAGCCCUCUACAACAAAGGUUUUAAAGGAGAAAAAGAUCACUGGAGAAGCAGAAGGACCAUCUGUGUGAAAACACAUGAAAGCGGCAAGACAGAGAUUGAAAUGUUUGACUCGGCGAUCCUGUUGAUAAGAAACCCGUACAAGUCACUGAUGGCGGAGUUCAACAGGAAAUACGCUGGGCACCUGGGGUACGCCACUGACCGCAACUGGAAGAGCAAAGAGUGGCCGGAUUUCGUGAACAGCUAUGCAUCCUGGUGGGCCUCCCACGUCCUGGACUGGCUCAAGUAUGGGAAGCGCCUGCUCAUCAUCCACUACGAGGACCUGAAGCAGAGCCUCAUCCCCAAGCUGAAGGAAAUGGUGGAGUUUCUGAACAUGACAGUGACAGAGGACCGACUGCUCUGCGUUGAGAACAACAGGGAUGGGAAUUUCAAGCGAUCUGGUGCGAAGCAAAAGGAUUUUGAGCCAUUCACCCAGGAAAUGAAAGAUCUUAUCAACAGAUACAUCCUGACAGUGGAUGAAGCCCUGAGGGGAAGAAAUUUCACAGGGCUGCCCAGAGAGUACGUGCCAAGAUGAUAGCCUGGUAGCACUCUGCUGUGUUUAAAAAUAAAAUAUUUUUUUCUUAAAAAAAAACAAAAACAAACCAAACCAUAAAAAAAAAGACAGACCAGAGCUUUACCAGAGCUUUAUAGCAGUUAAAGCAAAGACACUUGUGGAGUCUGCUGAGCAUUGCAAAUUCUCUCCACUCUUGGGUGUUCUUCAGGGCACUAAGUGCUCCAGAAGGCAAGCAAUGAAGGAUGGAAAUUGGGUUAUAAACCAAGGCAAAAAGCUGUUAGUGUCUACCUGUGUGUACCCCUCCCUGCACAAGCGGCUCAGAACUUCCCAGCGAAGCACCCCUGCUUCUGCAGCGGGCAUCCUGACUUCUCGCCCCCACUGCCAUCACAGACCUGCAGGGGUUGCUUUGGUUUUCAUAGCAGCUGUGUUGUAAAUGGAUGUACGUAAAGGGAGAGGGAAAGAAAACAACAAAAAAAAAAGGUCUUAACACUGAUCAAUUUUUGUCUGAGUGUUUACGAAAAUCAGUUGCUUUCUUCUUAGCGUAGCCCACUAGUUUCCUUCUCCCCAGUUUGCUAGUCAGGCCACCUGCCACAGCGCUGUCAGAGAUGCCAGGGCAGAAAAGCACCGGUGGGCAAAGGCACCCCGGAUACCAGGCAGAGAGGCACUUCAGGACCGACCCCAGCCUUCCCUGCAGGAACAGCACAGCCUGGGGCCAACACAAGUUUCACAGGGAGGUGGGUGGCCAUAGCAUCCCCCCCAGAGCAAGGCGCACAGCUGGGGACCCAUAGAAGAAAACAGAAAUUCAGCAUAGCCAGAGGUGGAAGUCCCUGGGUGUCACCAGUACCAAGCAAACCCAAGGCCUGGCCGUUGGGGUGUGGAAGAGGAGGGGCUGCUGCCCAUGCCAGGGGCUCAGCACAGGUUUCUGCACCUCCAUCUCUGUGCCCAGAGAGUCACAAUGGGGCCAGAGAGACACUGGGGCCAAACAUCACCGCGCUUGGUACACUUGGUGCUGGAAGUGGCCACGGCCAGGCAGCACUGGCAUGAGCCCAGGCCAUCCAGGGAGCAAGGGCAAAGGGCACAAGCCCCAGCACAAGCAGGACCCCACCUCACCUCGAUCCCUGGAGGAAGACAGAGGCAAUCCAACCUGAAAAAAGUUACUUAUUGCUGCUCUCUGGAGCCACCCCUAGCAGCGAUGCGUGUUUUACCUUUAACUCACUGCAGUUCCCUGUGGUUUGUUUCAUCCCACAUGCGUGGUGCAGAGGGAGCAUGCUGUGGUGGGGGCAGCUGGCCUCCUGGUCCUGCCUGCAGGCAGGGGCUGCCAGAGAUGGUUAAACUGCACAGCCAAAGGGGCUGCCCUGUUGCCAGAUGCUUUUGUCCAUGAGAAAUAAAGGAUUCCUUAAAAACUUGA